AUGAAGGAGUUGGUGUUCCUCCUGCUGGUGGUGACGGAGGUGUCAUCCAGGUUUCGCAGCAGCUGGUGCGAGCUGGGAUGCGACUGUCGAGGAGAUCUCAAGUUCACCAUCUGCUCCCGGGCUCUCUUCACCCAGCUGCCCAGCAGAGUUGCCCCCAGCACCGAGCUCCUCGACCUGUCCGACAACCACAUCUCCGUCAUCCCCGAACGCUCCUUCAGCAAGAACCGCAAACUCAGAGUCCUCCUGCUGCAGAACAACAACAUCAGCGUGGUGGAGGACGGUGGCUUCUCUCAGCUGGAGUUCUUGCAGAAACUGGACCUGAGCUGGAACCAGAUCUCGACCCUGACUGAGGGUUUCUCCGUCGGCCUCGCUCUGCUGCGGGAGCUGCAGCUCGCCCACAACCGCCUGACGAGCCUGGACAGCCUGAGCUUCCCUCACCUGGACGGCCUGCAGAGGUUAAACCUGACCAGCAACGCCAUCCACACCAUCCAGACGAGGUCGUUCUCCUCCAUGAGCGCCCUGCGGCAGCUCCACCUGGAGGACAACCAGCUGACGUCCCUGCGGAGCGGCAUCUUCUCCAUGCUGCGCUCCCUGGAGGUCCUCAACCUGGCCGGAAACCGGAUCAGCGAGAUGGACACGUCCGUCUUCAAGCCGCUCGUCAGCAUGACUCUGCUCAACCUGGCUGACAACCAGCUGUCCAAGAUCUACUUCAAGACGUUCCUGAGCAUCCACACCUACAGCACCCACAUCCUGCUGGAGGGGAACCCGUGGAACUGCGACUGCGACCUGCAGAGACUUUUCCGGAAGCUGCGGAGCAUCCAGAGGCUCUUCCUGGACGACUACUACAACCUGACCUGCAAGACGCCGCCCGUCCUCCAGGACUACCGGCUGAUGGACGUGGACACGGAGCUGUGCAUCGCCGAGACGGUCACCGUGCUCAUCAUCACCGUCACGGUGGUGAUCACCGUGCUGGCAGCCAUGCUGAUGGGCGAGAGGAAGAGGAAGAAGAAGAAGAAGGGGAAGCACUGGACGCAGCAGGGAGAGCUUUCUGACGAGUCGGACUACUGA